AUGGCUCAGAUUCAUUGCCACAAUGGCAGAGUGUACAUUGCUGCGGGAAGAAAUAUUUUCGAAUUUGCUUUCACAAUUGAUAGCAUUUCUUCGAAGCUGAAACUCUGCCGUGAUAUUUUAGUGCCAUUUAAGGGCACCGCAACUCGAAAAGAGAAAGAUCAGAUUCUGGCAAGUACACUGAGUAAAGAUGGCACGUUAUUCGCGGUCGCUACUACAUCAAAAGAAUGUUUCCUGUAUAAUAUUUUAAAAGACUGGAUAGAAGUACGUCCAGCGCUGCAACUGCCAAAAGCACCAACAGCCGUGAUUUUGGAUAUUUCGGAAAAAUUUGUAAUUGUUUCUGAUCGAGCGGGUAAUGUUCGUCGCUAUAGCUUGUAUGCAGAAAAUUCAGGAAAGAACGAUGAAUUCACUGAUAAUGAAGGAAAUUGUGAAGGUGAACUUCUGCUAGGUCAUGUAUCGAUGGUCCUGGAUAUUGAUAUGUCAAAUGACCGAAGGUUCUUGACAAGUGUUGACCGUGACGAGAAAAUUCGUAUUUCGCAUUAUCCUGAAUGUUAUGUCAUACAUCGCUUUUGUUUGGGUCAUAGCUCAUACGUCAGUUCGAUUCAGUCAAAGGACACGUUGCUUUUCUCUUCAGGUGGUGAUGGUACUUUAAGAGUUUGGAAUAUAGAUGAUGGAAAGCAAGUUGCCCAGUGCAAUUGCCUUGAGAAAAAGGCAAUUCGUCGUUGUAAGAUGUUUCCGAAUUACUCUUCGAAGGGCAUAAAAUUGGCUGUGAUUUUCGAACAUUGUAAAACAGCACAAAUCGUUACCUUCUUUCAAGAAAAUAAUGAUUUCAAAAUCGAAUGCUUGACUUGUUCGGACUUUGUUAUCGACAUCACUGUAGAAGAAAAUGGAAUUUUUGUUUUUGGUAUUACAAAGUCAUCAGUUGUUUUCGGAAGAUUGGAUGAUGGCUAUCUCGAAUCAGUUAGUGAUAUUGAUGAAUGUGUUGUAAAUUGUUUAGGUUCAGUUAGGGAGAUUUCACUACCAUUGGAAAAAAAAGUUGGGUUUUAUAAUGUUGAAAAUUAUAAGCAACGUAAGACAGAGCGUAUAAGGAGAAAAAGACGAAAAUUGUCAGCAAGUAGUUCAUAUUAA